AUGCUUAGUAUGAAGAUAAUCGUGGUGGUUUGCCUGAUAAUAUACAAGGCGAGGCUGGUGCAAGGCAGGAACGAGGUUAGCGUGCUGCGCGUCAUCAGCAGCAGCAUCGGAGACACGCUGCUGGAGUGCCAGACGGAGAUGGACAUCAAGGAGGAAGUGAUUCAAAGCUUUUUGAACUUCUGGGACCUAAAGAACCCCGCAGACAAUAAGGAGUGGGGUUGUGCUCUUGAGUGUGUCUUUAAAAAGAAUGAGUUCCUGACUCCAGAUGGCAAAACAGUGAUAUCGGACAACGUGCGAGAAUUCUUUAAGGCAGCGGGCGCCGAUGGAUUAAUGUCGCUGAGGAUGUUGGACCUGUUUGAAAUGUGCAAGGAUGAUGCGAAAAAGACCAUAAAUAAAUGUGAUAACGCUCUGGAGGUGACCAAGUGUUUCCGCUUCGGGAUAGUCCAGUUAGAUUGGGCCCCGGAGCACAAUUUCUGGAACCGUACUCGGGUGCACCCUGACCAGAUCCCGGACCAAGUGACAGACAUGGUUGAGGCUCCUCAGCCGAAGAGACGUUCAUCAUCGAAUGUGUGGCGGCGACGAUUGAACCGACCGAAUUUCAGACGACUUGCCUCUUACUUAAGAAGAGUUUAUUGUAGAUAG